AUGGCGGAGGGCACAGAUGCGAAGGAACGGCUUGCGCGGACCAUCGCUGCUCUCGGGAAGGGUGAUUAUGCGGAAGGAUUAAGCGGUGUCCAGGAGGGAGUGCCAUGGGGGCUAGCUUACGCUGUUUCCGUCCAGAAAGAAACCGUUGGCAAGGGGCGCGCUGUCCGGGGCCUUGAGCGGCCGAAGCAGGGGCAGCACCCUGGCCCUAGCGCGCUGCUCAAGCACCGGACUGGGUCACCAAGCAAAGCUGAGACUGGACCGCCGGCGUUCGACCCCUUCGGCCGCGCUGCCCUUCGAGUCACCAACCCUGUGGAGGUGGCAUGGCGCUCCACUGUUGCCGCCACAAUCCCGGAGCCGCUGCCAUUGAGGGGGGCGGCUGCGCCUGCCGGCAGCGCAGUUGCCGCCGCUGUUAGCGCAGCGGCCACGGGAGGAUCCCUGAGAAAUCCUGCCCAUGGAGGGUCCGUGAAGCCGGCAGAGCUAAUGCAGACAGUAGCUGCAAACCUUGGAUGGGGCAGCAGCCCGAUGCGGCUGACGGAGGUGCCGGAAGCGUUCUGGAAAACAGUGUCCCCGGAGGUGCAUUCUCAGAUAGCGGAGUACUUAUUUGAGCGG